CUCGAGCUCCGGACGUCAAAGAUACCGUAGUACUCAGGACGAAUCGGGUUCUCGGUGAAGAUGAUAAUUUGCGUCUUGAACUGAUUCGACGUUUAAUUUUUACCUUCUAAACUAGAUAAGUGAAAAUGUUUGGCCUGAGCAGAAUCAACCAUGGAUUCCGUGUGAUUUCUGGGAUCAAAAGAGCAGUACCUUGUAGGAAUGGCAGUGCUGUCUACCGUGGUGCUACAGCGCCCUCUAGGACUAGACAGAUUCAGGGAAUGGCCGUCGUCUCAGCCAUGUGGUUCUGGAUACUAUGGAGAUUCUACCAUGAGCCUGGCGAUGUAUUUGGUCAUUUUGAGUACCCAGAUCCUUCCAAAUGGACAGAUGCAGAAUUGGGAAUACCCCCUGAUGAUGAGGAUUGAUGCUUGUUUUGCAACAACUUAGAAUUUGUAGUACGUGUAUAUAGCUGGAAGCUUUAUAUUGAUCGAAUUAAAGAGGACACGCGUAAGAGCUGGUACCUGAGGAUGUCAUUUUCUAUCGACAAUUGGAGACAUUUCCCUGACCCUUCAUCAUCUGCCUUCGUCAAUAAGCGGACAUGAUCUUCUUUAAACAGAAGUAAAAAAAGAAAAUGGUGGACUCUGCUUAGGUCAACUCUCCACCUAAGUUACAUAGUCAUCAAAGUUGAAGUGUUUUUCCGGACCUGAAUAUGCAGAUAUGCGUUAUUUAUGUGAAUCAUCUAAGUCAACAUUUUGUUAACUUUGAUAGAUAUCUGUGAUCGCAAAAUAUUUGACUUACAUAGUUUCAUCAGUAGAUAAUUUUAAUACCUGAUUAUAAGUGUUUCAUAAAUAAUAACAAUAUAUAGUAAAGUGGUGUCUUAUUGAGUGCACACACCGUCCAGAGAUGCUCAUGGUGAUAGCCCAGCAACAGUUCCUUUAGAUAUAAAUAUAUAUAUACAAACAACAAAAGGUAAACAAAGUCAACAAAGAGAUCUUAACAAAUACAACCGGGUAUUUAAUUUUAAAAAGAACAGUUUUGCAUCACCCACUGGAAUUCCUAGCUACAUCCUGGUGGGGCCUGGAGCCCUCCUACAUGCUGCUCCACUCACCGACAAUUUAAGGGGCAAACCUGCGCGUAAGUUACGCAUGGACCUAUCCACGGAGGAUAAUCUAUUGUUACUGAGGGUGCUGUGACAAUGCUCAGCACCCCCAGUAACAAUAGAACAAUCCUCCGUGGAUAGGUCCAUGAAGUUACGUUGGGCUUUACAAGAAUAUCAAUAUAUGGGACCAUGCUUCAUAUAUUUGUAUUCUGCAUGUGUCAGCCUUCUAAAGUGAAAUAAAUGCCUAUGUCAAAGGUCAGAUUAUGCAAUACUUGUGUUAUCAACUUUCUUUACAGUCGAAAUCCUCUGAAGUCAUGCCGAUUUCUGUGUUUGUAAGAGGUUUGACUAAGGCAAAGUUACCUAUGUUUCCAACAUUUGUUUGAUAUGACCUCUUAAUAUACUGUAUUAAGAUGUACACCUUUGACAGCCAACGUUAAGAUGCAUACCUUUGAUAGGUAUAUUUUCAAAGUUCACAAAUAUCUAUUAUAUGCAAAGGUUUUAUCUCUAGACAAGGGAACUAAAUGAAUGUUGGCUCAUAUUAAACUGAGAUACAAUCUUAAAUUUCCUUUCAUGGCAAUAAGAAACUGAAAGCAAAAAAUCACAAUUUAAUUUUUAUACUUUCCUGAUCUCACACUGAGCUGUACAGAGUGAUAUAAUUUUCAGCCCAAAAAGCAAUUGCCAAACAGUGGUAUUGAAUGCUGGGUAAUCUUGGCUGUUGUCUGUAUAUCAGGUUGUGCGAAUCGUUGGUAAUACUGCCAGUAGUAGUAACUGCCAUGGAAUCCUUAAUUUUGAUUUGCUAUUGGUAGUUAUUACUUAUUUAACAGAGUUCAUGCAAAUGCACCCUGGGUUUGAUGUUUGAAUAUAACGGGCUUUGGCAUAUCAGUUUUCACAUGUGUCCUCGCAAUAAAUUAUUUUGGAUGCCACUCAA